CGGACACCGCGAGCCGGAUGCAAGAGUGUUGGCGACGCAGUCGGUCACGAGCUUAUUUGAACACUUUCUCUCUCACUGACUAAAAUAUUAGCCACUUAGCUGUCUUGCUAAAUAGUAGCUGGAGACAACAUAGCAAAUAUUUCUGUUUUAUCAGAAAAUAGCCUAUUUUAAUAGUUUAGUUUAUUAAAACGGGACUAUUUUAUUCGCUGUGUGGAAUUUUGGUGAUGUAUUACAACAUUAUAGACAGCUAGCUAGCCUAGCUAGCUAUCAGCAUAAUAGUAGGGAACCGUAUGAUACUAGGUUAGCUAACAGCUAAUAUAUGACUCACUAAUCGUGCAUCGUGAUCAUUGCUAUAUUGCUGCUAGGAACGCAUGAAUUAGUUAACGUUAUCUAGUUAACGUUACCCGUGUCGCCUUCGCUAGCUAGCCAGAUAUAUUUUGUCCUGUCUUGGUGCAUUUACGGUCAGUUAGGCAGUGCACUGGUUAAACGUGACGUAGCUAUCGAUACUAUUGAAUGAUCAGCGGAAACCCCGGCUACAUUCUGCUAGCAUAGAUAGCUUCCUAGCUAACUAAGUCAGCUAGCUAACUAUUUUGUCGGCACUGCCGAAACUUCGUUUGCCAGUGCUAAUUAGACAUAUAGCUAACUACCUUGCUGGGUUUGGCGUUAGCUAAAUAGUGUUACUGUCAACCGCCGGAAUCAAUACAGCUUUGAAGUUAGCAAAAUAGUUGCGUUAGACUAGCUGUCUAAAUAAUAUUUCGUGGCGAGCUAACACAUUAUAUAGGAAUACAACUAUAGGUAAUUGGUAAGAUUACUAGCUAGUUAACAUCAUUUGUGUGUGACUGGAGUGGAGACAAACGGACGAAAAUGCCGGCUGUGUCGAAAGGAGACGGAAUGCGGGGAUUAGCGGUGUUCAUUUCGGACAUACGGAAUUGUAAGAGCAAAGAGGCGGAGAUCAAACGCAUCAAUAAGGAGCUGGCCAACAUCCGCUCCAAGUUCAAAGGGGACAAGGCGCUGGACGGUUACAGCAAGAAGAAGUAUGUCUGCAAGCUGCUCUUCAUCUUCCUGCUGGGCCACGACAUCGACUUCGGCCACAUGGAGGCCGUCAACCUGCUCAGCUCCAACAAGUACACGGAGAAGCAGAUCGGAUACCUGUUCAUCUCUGUGCUAGUCAACAGCAACAGCGAGCUGAUCCGCUUGAUAAACAACGCCAUCAAGAACGACCUGGCCAGCCGGAACCCCACCUUCAUGUGCCUGGCACUCCACUGCAUCGCCAACGUGGGCAGCAGGGAGAUGGCGGAGGCCUUCGCUGGGGAGAUCCCCCGCAUCCUGGUGGCGGGGGACACGAUGGACAGCGUGAAGCAGUCUGCCGCCCUGUGUCUGCUGCGCUUGUACAAGACCUCCCCUGACCUGGUGCUGAUGGGCGAGUGGACCUCCAGAGUGGUGCACCUUCUCAAUGACCAGCACAUGGGGGUGGUUACCGCAGCAAUCUCCCUCAUCACCUGCCUGAGCCAGAAGAAUCCCGACGAGUUCAAGACCUGCGUGUCGCUGGCCGUGUCGCGGCUGAGCAGGAUUGUGUCGUCGGCCUCCACGGACCUCCAGGACUACACCUACUACUUUGUCCCCGCCCCCUGGCUGUCCUGCAAGCUGCUGAGGUUGCUGCAGUGCUACCCCCCGCCAGAAGAUGGCGCCGUGAAGGGUAGGCUGGUGGAGUGUCUAGAGACCAUCCUCAACAAGGCCCAGGAGCCGCCCAAGUCCAAGAAGGUCCAGCACUCCAACGCCAAGAACGCCAUUCUGUUUGAGGCCAUCUCUCUCAUCAUACACUACGACAGUGAACCCAACCUGCUGGUGCGGGCCUGUAACCAGCUGGGCCAGUUCCUGCAGCACCGCGAGACCAACCUGCGCUACCUUGCCCUGGAGAGCAUGUGCACGCUGGCCAGCUCCGAGUUCUCCCACGAGGCCGUCAAAACACACAUCGAGACCGUCAUCAACGCGCUCAAGACGGAGCGGGACGUGAGCGUGCGCCAGCGCGCGGCCGACCUGCUGUACGCCAUGUGCGACCGCAGCAACUCCAAGCAGAUCGUGGCCGAGAUGCUCAGCUACCUGGAGACGGCCGACUACUCCAUCCGGGAGGAGAUGGUGCUGAAGGUGGCCGUCCUGGCGGAGAAGUACGCGGUGGACUACUCCUGGUACGUGGACACCAUCCUCAACCUGAUCCGCAUCGCCGGGGACUACGUGAGCGAGGAGGUCUGGUACCGGGUCAUCCAGAUCGUCAUCAACCGGGACGACGUGCAGGGCUACGCCGCCAAGACCGUGUUCGAGGCCCUACAGGCCCCGGCCUGCCACGAGAACAUGGUCAAAGUGGGCGGGUACAUCCUGGGCGAGUUUGGCAACCUCAUCGCGGGCGACCCGCGCUCCAGUCCCCUGGUGCAGUUUAACCUGCUGCACUCCAAGUUCCACCUGUGCUCGGUGCCCACCCGGGCCCUGCUGCUCUCCGCCUACAUCAAGUUCAUCAACCUGUUCCCCGAGACCAAGCCCACCAUCCAGGAGGUGCUGCGCUCGGACAGCCAGAUCCGCAACUCGGACGUGGAGCUGCAGCAGAGGGCCGUGGAGUACCUCAAGCUGUCCUCCAUCGCCAGCACCGACGUCCUGGCCACGGUCCUGGAGGAGAUGCCGCCCUUCCCGGAGAGGGAGUCGUCCAUCCUGGCCAAGCUGAAGAAGAAGAAGGGCCCCGGGGCCGUGUCCGUGUCCGAGCUGGAGGACGGGAAGAGGGAGGGGGGCGGGGCCGCCGGCGAGCUCAACGGGGGGGCCGACCGCGUGGGCGACGCCUCCGCCGCCGCCCCGUCCAAUGCCUCCACUCCGUCCCCCUCAGCAGACCUGCUGGGCCUGCGUCCCGCCGCUGCCAUUGGCUCGGCGGCUCCCGGCGCCGGCAGCCUAUUGGUCGAUGUGUUUUCAGAGGCGGGACCGGCGGCUGCCUCCUCUGGGGUGAACGACGAAGGCUUCCUCAGAGAUCUGGAACCUCCCACUGAGAGCCCUGACUCCCUAUUGGUCGAGGCUCCCGGUGAAUCGGACUCUGAAGAUUCUGCCCCGCCUCUGCCUGAGUCAAACGAGCUUCUCAGCAAGUUCGUGUGCAAGAACAACGGGGUCCUGUUCGAGAACCAGCUGCUGCAGAUCGGGAUCAAGUCCGAGUAUCGGCAGAACCUGGGGAGGAUGUAUCUUUUCUACGGCAAUAAGACGUCGGUGCAGUUUGCCAGUUUCUGUACGGUGGUCAGCUGCCCGGGGGAGCUGCAGGCUCAGCUCAAUAUGCAGACCAAGCCAGUGGAGCCCCUAGUGGAGGGAGGAGCGCAGGUGCAGCAGGUCAUCAACAUCGAGUGUCUGACUGACUUCAGUGAGGCCCCACUGCUCAACAUCAAGUUCAGAUACGGCGGAGCGCUGCAGAACAUAACACUCAAACUUCCGGUCACCAUCAACAAGUUCUUUCAGCCCACUGAGAUGCCUUCUCAAGACUUCUUUCAGCGCUGGAAACAACUGAGCCUCCCUCAGCAGGAAGCACAGAAGAUCUUCAAGGCUGUCAACGGCAUGGACACAGAGCUGCUUAAAGCCAAGUUGCUGGGGUUGGGCUGUGCCCUGCUGGAGAAUGUGGACCCAAACCCGGAGAACUUUGUGUGCGCUGGAGUCAUUCAGACUAAGGCCCAGCAGGUGGGCUGUCUGCUCCGGCUGGAGCCCAACGCACAGGCCCAGAUGUUCCGGCUGACUCUCCGCAGCAGUAAGGACACCGUCUCCAAGCGACUCUGCGAGCUGCUGGCGGAGCAGUUCUAGAAGCUCCCGUGGGGCAGACCCCCCCCCACCCCACCCCAACCCCA